AUGCACAUGACCGCAGCGGUCACAUCCCCCGAAACAGCUCGUCUCUGCGGGCAACAGAUCCGUGACAACCAUAAUCUCAGACGCUAUCGAGCUCAGACGCGUCUCACGACCCUCACGCUUCACUCUGGUGAAUUUUUCAAGAUGGAGUAUGUUGGCACCAGCGAUAGCGCUGUGCUCCGUACUGAUAGAUACAGCAUGACGACCGAAAGACCUCUCCCCAUCCCGCCUUCCCCGAGCCCAUCUCCGUCGAAAUAUACCUUCCCGUCACCGAUCAGGAACGACCCAAACUUGAAGCCAAACCCGCACCCGUAUGCCGUCAAGACGACUACCAGUGGAUUGCUCACACGCUCGAACUCGUCCAGCCACAAUGCCGACACAGCGCGCCAUUAUUAUGUCCCGCUUUCCCCUAAAGCAAGUCGCAGUCCCGAGAGCGAUCGCGGACACAAAGCCUCCAAAUCUCUGAACAAUCUCGCUGAAUCCCCAACGCGAUCGUCUCCUCGGCCGUUGCCUGUACCUCCUGGACAUCUACAUAGCCAGUCUGCUGGCAGUUUUGGGGUGUUUGAGGAUGAAUACGUUUCACCACGACGCAACAAGCGCGCAGAUACUCUCCCUUCAUUUGGUUCAACCGAGGAGGUGCAGUUACUUACCAUACCCGAGGAUUUACCUAGCAAUCCGAAGACAUGGGCACCGGCUCAGCUGUCUACCUACCUCGUCAUGGCUCUGCGUGUCACAGAUCACUCUAGGAGCGAGUCCGCAGGUCUCCCAAUUCGUGUCGCAAAGGACAUCGCGGCCUUCGCGAAGUCUCGAAUGAUUACGGGGAGGAUGUUCCUCAGGCUGAGUGAAGCUGAAUUGGAGAGCAUGGGGAUGAACAGAAAAUGGCGCGAGGCUCUGCUGGCUGCAUCGCACGAGCUACGUCAGAAUGUCCUCAAGGGCCGAAUUUGGGGCCCUGAAGUGUCACCAACGCCGUCACCAGGGUCCACAUCGCCCCUCCCACCGGCUCCGUUCUCCAGCUCGCUCUACAACUCCUCUUCGAGCUCGCUCGAACUGUCUGCGGACGAAGCGGAGGGCGAAGCACACCUAUUGUCUGGGCAGGUCGCAGUCCCUGCCAAUUUUCAUCUCGUCUCUGAAUCCUUCUCUGCCACUCGUGUGUACGCGAUUGGGGGACGGGCAUGGCAAUUGGCAAUAGUCACUUUCGCAUUGGGUCUUGUCCCCGUGGGUCUCAACUUGUUCAGCGACAUUCGAUAUGUCUAUACAACAGCGUAUAUUCCAUCUUUCGGCACUACGUACAGAAUCAAACAAGAGGCGGUCGAGGCAAACAUGAAAACAACAACUGUUACUUUGUUGUUGAGAGAUGGCACGUUCUACUUCAUUGUAUUGCUCGUCAUAAAUGUGCUCCACCUUACGUUAUCCUUGACCAACGUCUUCAGUGAUGUCACCUACUUUUCCACUGCGUCAGCGACACCCCUUUCCGCAACUUCUCCACGUGAAAUUGAUGUCGAUCUUUGUAGCAUGUCGUCCGUGAUCGUCUCACGAUUCCUCCUAAACCUGCGGCAAGUCCACAUGGAAGACAACUAUCCUGACGAGCAGCCGUCAUUCGUGGGAUCGACCUCGCGCAUUUCGGAUGUCAGAUUCGCGUCGACAGUCGUCGGGAAUUUAGGAGCACCACUGAAUUAUUCCUCAACGUUCUUUACCAAUGGAGAUGUUGAGAGCCAGGCGGCAUCUCACAAUGCUAUCGACACCGGGUAUAGCGAUGUCGAGGCUUUGGGGGAGCUCGAUGACGUCGAACCGAGGGGAGAUAUAGAGAGCAUUUUGACAAAUGAUUUCUCGCCGGUCGCCGAACCCGAUGAACCAUGA